CAGUCCCUCUCGACCGAGGUGGUUUUGGUGGAUGGAAUCUGAUGCUGAUCGUCGGCUUCUUGCAAGCAAUAUGGCGGACAACGUUCUACCUUGUUGGCCAGUGAUACUGAACAAAUCACUCGAAAACAGCGACAUUCACCGACUUCUGAUGCAGUUUCAUAAAGUUCGGGUUACAGACACAACGGGCCAAGGAGUGAUAAUUUUUCCACUCUCUUCUGUCGCCUUCAUGAUAAUGCCUGUGAAUCAGAUACUGAAGGAGGACCAGGGAAAGCAUUCACUUAAUGAAGAUACCGUAGAAAGGAUACACAGACUAAAUCAGUUACAUCGCAGAGCUUAUGUUAUUCUUGUAGCUGCUUUCAAAGGGCCUGAACAAAUAAAAGCUUGGACAACCUUGCAAAGCAGGUUCGUAGGAACAAGUUCAAGGUUUAUUCCUGCCCACAGUGCUAAAGAAUGCUUUGACUGCAUGAUAGCCAUUGCUAAGGUUACUAGUAAGCCCAUGGCAAGAGUGAUUCAAGAAAGAAUGAAAAGGCUACAAGAGUCGACAAUUAGUGACAACAUUGUUCUAAGUGCCCUUGCUACUAUAGGACUAAGCGGCCAUGAAUGCUUGGUGCUACAGGAUGGUUGCAAGAAUGUAGCCAAGGUGUCACAGGCUACCAAGGAAGAGUUACUAGACUGUAGUUUGGACCAACACACUGCUCAGAAAAUUAUCAACUUCUUUGAAAAAGAUAGCAUACAGAUUUAAUUUUUAAUGAGGCCAGGGUGUCACAGGCAACGAAGGAAGAGUUUGUAGACUGUAGUUUGGACCGACAUGCUGCUCAGAAAAUGAUCAACUUCUUUGAAAAAGAUAGCAUACAGAUUUAACUUUUAAUGAGGCCAGGGUGUCAGAGGCUACCAAGGAAGAGUUACUAGACUGUAGUUUGGACCAACACACUGCUCAGAAAAUGAUAAACUUCUUUGAAAAAGAUAGCAUACAGAUUUAAUUUUUAAUGAGUGACUUGGAGUCUUUAUUGCAUUUCCUCAAUUCGGGUAUAAACUCAUUAAAAACACUUUCAUACAAAAUUAACUUCUAGAAAAUUUUUGUCUGUUAAAUAAUGACUUUCCCAUUAUUUUGGUAACAUCACAAUGAAAUGAUAAAUUGUUACCAAAUACAUCAGUUAAGAAAUCAGGACAGUUCCCACUUUUAACAAAUGGUAACAACAUUAAAAUAACUUUUCAUUCAACCAAACACUGUGCAUGGCUGAAGUUGAACACAAGUAUAAUUCAAAGAAGUCAUACAAACUGAAUUAUUCUUUAGCUCAAUUCAGCUCCAAAGUAGGAGACAGUGAUACAGCCUGAUUAUCACAAGUCCACAACAGAUAAGAAAUAUAUUCUAGUGUCAGUACAUAAUGCCUAACUGUAAGUGUAUACUAAGUGCCUGCUGCAAUCAUAAUACAAAAUGACAUCUACCCGUAGAUACACCUAUACAACCAUAUGAAAUGUUGACUAUGGUUUUAUCACCAUGAUAGCCCCUUUCCACCCCAAGGGCUAUUAUUAUUUUUUCUUAAUGCCUGCUAAACAUUCUUAACACUUUUUACUCAGUGUAUUCGGUUUAUAACUAAGCAAUAUCUGACAAAUGAUGUAUUUCCUUCUUCUCACCACUUCAGUGUUUGAUAAUGUAAAGAUAUUGAAGGAAGAAUUUACUUAUUGCUAACAUCUGGGAGUGAAAGAGUUUAGUAUGAAAUGUGUGAGAGCUAUUUCAUGGUAUCAGUUGUAUUUCAAGUUUUCACUUGCUUCUUUUUCUAUGGUUAUCUGUCCACAAUAUGUCCAAGUGCAUCUCCUUUAUCUGAGUAAACUCUUAACCCUGUACACUCAAUAUGCAUACCUUCUUAUAGGAAAUUAACAUGCACUUUAUUAACAAUGCAUUAAUUUAAUAUAUUGUAAGAAAUAGACAACUUUUUUGAGAGACAUGUUUCGGCAUGCAUAUGCCAUCUUCAAUCAAUGAGUAAC